GAGCGCAAACCGUGUGCCGCUCGUUGAUCCACCUCUACUCGAGCCUCGAGUUCUAGCCCCAACCCCCACCACUCCUCAGUGACGCUCGGAAGGGGCCAACGCCAAACGGAGAGGAAAGCCGAGAGUUGGAGCUCGAGCACAGCUGCAAUGGCCGCCACCCAUCCUGUCCAGAAGAACACUCCCUACUUAGCGGGUGGAUUGGCGGAGGAGGUGAACGAGGCGAUCCUGCACGCCACCUUCAUCCCGUUCGGCGACAUAAAGGGCGUGAAGACGCCGCUCGACCAGGUGACGCAGAAGCACCGGUCCUCCGGCUUCGUCACCUUCCUCGAGAGGGAGGACGCCGCCGCCGCCGCCAUCCCCAUGGACAACGUGCACGGCGCCGAGCUCUACGGCCGCGUCCUCACCGUCAAUUACGCCCUUCCCGAGAAAAUCAAGGGCGGUGAACAGGGCUGGGCCGCUCAGCCUAGUACGUCCUCCCCCUUAGUACGUCCUCCACCUCUUUGCUCUCUCUUUUAG